AUCAGACCUUCUCCUCAUGCGCAUGCGCACAUGGCGCUUUUACUUCCAGAGAGCCUUCGGGUUUGUGUGUUGUUGAACAAAACAAAAAUAGCAAAAAUUUAGAUAGUAAACACGAACAAGUUUGACUUUUUCUCGAACGUGGGAUCAGAUUCACGGACAAAGACUCGAUACAGACGUCUUCAUUGGUCUGUUUUCACCUUUUUCUUGGCCUUUUUCUGCGACCCGUUCGGACGCUACUGUGAACGAGACGACAUCAAAUAUGGACUUUUCAUCCAAAUGGAUUUUAGAUAUUCGUGACGCACAUUCGAUAUAAACGUUUGGGGACUUUCUUUCUGUAUGUAGAUGGUAUUUAGCGACUAUCUGGCCGCUAAUAUGAAGGAGAUGAUCGGGGGUUGCUGUGUUUGUUCUGAUGAGAGAGGCUGGGCCGAGAAUCCUCUGGUUUACUGCGACGGACACGGCUGUAAUGUCGCCGUGCAUCAAGCUUGUUAUGGAAUUGUCCAAGUCCCAACUGGUCCCUGGUUCUGCAGAAAAUGUGAAUCUCAGGAGCGAGCAGCACGAGUGAGAUGUGAGCUUUGUCCACACAAAGACGGAGCUCUGAAAAGGACCGACAAUGGUGGCUGGGCUCAUGUGGUUUGUGCGCUCUACAUCCCAGAGGUGGAAUUUGCCAACGUCUCCACCAUGGAGCCCAUUGUUUUACAGUCCGUCCCUCAUGAGCGCUACAAUAAGACGUGCUACAUUUGUGAAGAGCAAGGCCGUGAGAGUAAAGCAGCCACCGGAGCCUGCAUGGCCUGUAACAAACAUGGCUGCCGCCAAGCUUUUCACGUCACUUGCGCUCAGUUUGCUGGUCUGCUGUGUGAAGAGCAAGGCUCGGAUGCUGACAACGUCAAAUACUGUGGCUACUGCAAGUACCAUUACAGCAAACUGAGAAGGAGCAAAGGCCGUGGUAGUAGGGCUCAAAGCUUAAGCGAUUCUUCCUCUCACUCUUUGGAUAAACACCAUGACAAGGAGAAGAAGAAGCAUAAAGAGCGAGAUCGUCACAAACCCAAACACAAAAAGUCUAUGGAGCUCUCGCCUUCCCUUGUUCCAGCCUUAAUGGUUACGUCAGAGAAGAGCUACAGCAGCAGCAGCGGAGGAAGUGUCUCCUCCAUCUCCUCGUCUCAAAAGCGUAUGGAUGACGGUGGCGCGCGGUUCACCACCGCCAACUUCCAGGAGGUGCCGUCUCACUCCAGUGCAAGCUCCAAAGAUGGAGGCUCUUCUGAAAGAGAGAGCAAGAGCUCAGAGGGGAAGAGUAAGAAAUCGAGCAGCCACUCGAGCUCCAGCUCCAGUUCAGGGUCACGGGGUCGCAAGUCGAACCCCAGCAAAUCUCACGGCCCCGUCGUGACCAUCGCUACAUCAUCCACUGUCCCAUCGUCGACAAGCCCCUUUCAGCAAGGUCUUAUGUUGGCCAGUGGGAGCAGUAAGACGUCCUCCAGCAGCUCGGUGGUUCAGCCCAGCUCCGACUUUAUCAGCUUUACCGAUUCUAACCUGAGGGGCGGAGACACGUACACUCAGCCCUCGUUCAGUCGCCUUGUAAAGGGCGGGGCCGAAAGCGGACCUUCUGAUGGAAUGCUGACCUUAAACACCUUUAGCUCUCUUGUGCCCCUCCCCCAAAGCUCAGGCUCCGCCUCCAGCUCCUCCAAGCAUUACGAAAACUCGCACUCUGGUGGCGGGGAGCUAGCGUCAGCCGGAUAUAAACGGCCUCAGCCUUCCUCUUCAUCUUCCUCUUCCUCAGCAGCUUCGUCUUCUUCCACGGGGGAGGAAGGAGUUAAGAAGAAAAAGAGAGGGAACUGGAGGAAUCGCUACGGGCCCUGCUUUACCACCACCCAGGAGAGCAAAACUCCAGAGGGGGUGGAGAUUAGUGGCACAGCUUUGCCUUCUUCCUCCUCACUGUCCCCUUCGUCUUCCUCCAUUGCGGUUAGAAAUAGCGGUCCUAGCAUUAGCAGCAGCAAUGCGACUGUGGGAGGAGUCGGAACGACCAGCUUGACCAAUCAGAAAUCUCCUUCUCUGCUCAGGAACGGUAGUCUCACCGUGAGCUCUCCACCUGCAGCGACAAUGACUUACUCCAGCAACAGUGAUGUAGCAGCCCCUCUGCCCAGUGCCGUGCUCGGUGGUAGUCUUGCUGUCUCAAGCUCAGAGAUUCCAGGCGCUUCGAUGUCAAACCUCACGUCUCUGCCUGCUCCUGCGCCCUUCACCAGCACCUCCUCCACACAUCUGCAGUCAAACUCAUUACCGGGAACCUUUAACCUGGCGCCGUCCCAUAUGUUCGGCAACCGGCUAAAUCCCAACUCUGCCAUGGCCGCUCUUAUCGCCCAGUCAGAGAAUUCUCCAGCAGAUCAGGAGCUGGGGGAUGGGGCUCUCGGCUUCUCCAGGCGAGGAACCCCACCGAAGGCGAACCUUUCCCCACGUUCUCCCUUAAGUGGACUGCACAUACGGUAUGACCCGUCAGGGCCUGUGGUGCCAGGAUUGGGCACUGACACGCUUCCACCGGUGGCCACCAGCAUCGAACAGCUGCUGGAGAGACAGUGGAACGAAGGCCAACAAUUUCUACUGCAGCAGGGAUCACAGGCAGAUGUGCUGGCCAUGCUGAAGUCUCUGCAUCAGCUGCAGAUGGAGAAUCGGCGUCUGGAAGAGCAGAUCAGAACCCUGACCAUGAAGAAGGAGCGACUGCAGCUGCUGAGCGCACAGCUCUCUGUACCAUUCACACACGUUAACAACGCCACAAGCUCCGCCUCCUCUCCACUCUACCACAGCAACACACACACAGACAUGCUGAACAGCAAGAGCAUUCAGCUAGGCAGCAGUGUUUUAACAGACUCCUCUCAACAUUUGCCCACUCAGGAUCUCCUGAUUGGUGGUCAUAGCAGCUCUAGCAGCACUUCCUCCCUCUCCACUCCUACCUCAGCAGCCCACAGCCCUCCUCAGCAACAGGUGAACGGCCUGAUGGGGGCGCUGCAGAGCCCCCAUGGGGCCAUGAGUGGCAUUGUGGGGGCUCUGAACGGUGUGAUUCAGUCCUCCAGCCCUCUCUCUCAUCCUUCCUCCAUCACCCCCAUCACUGGUGCCCUCAGCAACAGUAUUGUGACCACUGCGAAAACCAGUGCGGUGAAGCUCCUGACUGAGCAACAGAGGCAAAUUGUCCUCCAUCAGCAACAGCUGCAGCAGCUCAUCAAUUCCCAUUCCAUAUCGAAAAAAAAGUCUGUCUCUGUGUGUUUGCUCCAGGAGCAGCAACAGGCCUUGCUUUACCAGCUGAUGCAGCAGCAACACCAACAACAUGACCUGCAGCAGCUUUCCUCAACCCCGCUGCCCAUUAACAACCUGCUUCCUGCUGCUCAGGGUGCCAUCGCUGCCAACCCUUUUCUGGCUUUACACAAUGACAACAGCAGUCAGAAAGCUGCGAGGCUGGGUGAGAAAUCUGUGAGUGUCACAGGGCAGGAGAAAACCUGAGCAGGUGGAACAGGACUGCUGGAGGAGGCCUGCCGUCUCGGGAGCUAAGCAUCCCAUCAAAGCAGCUACAGACUGAUGCACACAAACACACACACACACACACACACACACACACACACACACACACACACAAAACUUGGCUGAAUAACUCAAGCUCUAACAUUGCACUGAAUUGGACUAAAUCACUUGCUGUAAAGGUUAGGGGCUUGGGGAACCACUUUUGGGGCAAAGGCAAACACACAUGCACAUGCACGCACACACACACACACACACUUCUAAGUGACAUAUUGGUGUGAAUCACUGUGGGGGGGAGGUGCUGAGUAAUCUUGGCUGGAGAAUAAAUGCAUCUGCCCACCACUGUUACCUCUUUACUUAAACUGGACUAGCUUAGGAAACAUUUAAAAAUGUUUAAAAAAAUGUUUGUUCGUGGGGGAAUUAAAUCUGAAGUGUUUAGUCCACCAUAAGGCCUUUGUCUCAGAGGGCCAAACAGGGACGCGCUGAUCCUGCUGAUCUCCUAAUAUGAGCACCUACCUCUCCGAGCCAAGACUGAAACAGUUAAAAUACCAGGACCGGUACCCAAGUGCCUGGCAUCUCCCUCCAUUCCCUCAUGCUGAGGAUACACACUGGAGACGCUGCCACUCUCGCUUCCUUUUUAUAUUUCGCUCAGUCUGGUUUUAGGAUGAAAUAUUGAAAAUUUCAAAAUAUCGCUACCAAUCACUGUCACUCAGGCAACACCAGAUUCUGAAAGCCUGCAUGUUGACCAGGCUCAGCUGUGUCAGAUUUACCUGGGCAUGUGCCGAUAUGAAAUCUCUAUCACGAUAAUUGCUUCAGUUUCUUUUUUUUUUCUUUACUUUGAUCACCUUUUAUUUACAAUAUUAUUGUGUUUCACUGAUCACACAAUGCUCUUUCACAAUAGUCCACAAUAAGGGCAUUCAGUGACCUCCGUCCUCACAAGUAGGACAAUAUUGUGUCCAGUAUUGUUCAUGUUCUAUAUCGUGAUAUAUCUCAAACCUGAUUAUCGGCACAUGCCAGCAAUUACCAUAUUUGUGCUGCAAUGAUUUCUUAAGCCAACUUUAUAUUCCUUCUGUUUUUUUAUUUAUUUGAGUUUGUUUUGUAAUGGGCACAAGAUAAUAUUUUAAAGCCCAGUUGUCUAAAACAUUUUUAUACUACUGUUCAAAAUUUGUCUCUUGUUUCCUUUGAAUCUUGUAAGACUUUUUUUGAUUAAAAUGUUUUGUGUUUGAGCAUAAAACCUACUUGGAUGGCUCAUUGUGUAAAUAUGGUCUUUUCUGUCUUCUGUGUUUGUUGUAUACGAUCAGAAUAAGCUGUUUAAAGUUUAGCUCAGCGCUUUUUUUUUUUAACUCCUUUUCAAUGUAAAUAAGUAUUUGUGUUCAUUUGACAGUGUGAAGGAUUUAUUACAGCUUAUUUGGUGUGUUGAGAUUGAAAUAAUUAACAAACAGGAAAAUAAUGAUGCAAGGUAAUUAAUUUAUUUUUAUAUGUACAGGGACUUUUUUUAAUUUUUGCAUUUAGUUGAUGUCGUUUUAUAUUCCUAUACAUAUUUCCACGUUUUCAUGUGUCUGUAUAGGUAAUUAUGCAAAACUCCUUAAAGUCUGUAUUUAAGAAUACCAAACGUGAGUCCUGCUUCGUACUGAUCGUAAGAAAUAUUAAACACAGAGACUGUAGCGUUAAGAUUUUUCAGUGAUUAAAAUUGUUUCACAAA